AUGGAAGGACCGCAGCUGUUGGAGGCGGCCACGAAGGGGCGACAUGAGGAGGUGGCGCGACUGCUCAGCGACCGAGCAGGCAAGGCCGCAAUCAACUACACCGACGAGGUGCGCGAAACGGCUCUCUACAAGGCCGUCACCUUCAACCACGCCGGAAUAGUGAAGCUUCUGUUGGAACACGGGGCUGACCCCAACAUCGCCAACGACCUCAUGUACACCCCGCUGCACGAGGCCGCCCAGUACGGCCACACCGAGCUGACCCCCUACGGACUCGCGAUCAAGAAAAACCACAAGAAGGCCGCCAAGGAGCUGAUCAAGGGGUGA